ACUUGCCCCCCGCUUGCUUUGAAAUUAUACUUCACACCCUGCCCAAAGCCCGGAAACAGCGCAGCGAUGAACGAGAAGAUAAAUCAUCCCCAGAACCAACGCAUAAAGCCAUCGCCGAAGCCAAAAAACCAAAUUCCCACCUCCGCCCCCCUCCCUUUGGCCUUGGUCUCGCUCUCUCUCUCACACGCACGCGCACAUUUGUUCCAGUUUCGACUGCUCCUCGCCGCCGUUAAUGGCGACGGGGUGGGUUAAAGCCCUGCAAUGCAAAUCCAACGCCUUGGAAGACGUCUACCCCCCGACGCCGUCAAAGAAGCCCCUCCUCCCUCUCUCCUGCGCCAACUACCCCCACGCCCUCAAAGACGUUGUCUUUCUCGUCCCUAAACCCCCCUCCUCUCUCCCCAAAAAGGCCUCCACAAAGCCCGCGUCACGACCCCAAACCAAACCCAGACCUAAGCCCCCGCCGGCCCCGGCCUCGCCGCUGCCGGCGGGGCUGGCGCACUCCCACCAGUUCCCGACCCUCGCCGAGCUGCCGGCCGGCCACUCGUCCCGUCGGGUGGUCGAGAUAAUCUUCGGCUCGAGCUGGUCCGCCCGGGCUGCCGCGUUCCCGGGCGACAUCGAGAUGCUCUUCCGGGUCCACAAUCCGCACCGGACCGUCGCCCGGUUCGAGGAGUACCGCGCCGCGGUCCGCGCCCGCUGCGCCGCCGCGCGCUCCGACGACGCCCGCUGCGCCGCCGACGGCAACGAGAUGAUGCGCUUCCACCGCGCCCCCAACUCGUGCGCCUCCGCUGGCGGCGAUGCGAUCUAUGACGGCAGGGUGGCGUGCUGCGAGGUAUGGUCGCCGGGGGGGAAGGCGGAGGGUAUCCGGACCUUCGCCGGGAGCGGCCGGGCCGACGAGAUCGGCGGCGGCGGGGCCGGUCGGAGGGCGAUGCUAAUUUCCCGUGUCAUCGCCGGCCGGGUCCGGGCCGAGUCGGACCCCGAGUCGGCCGGCGAGUCGUUGGCUCGGGGACAAGGAGAGCUCGUGGUGUUCGAUCCCCGGGCCGUGCUCCCUUGCUUCCUAAUUAUCUACCAAGUCUAAUCUAAUCUCGGAUUAGACCUCAAUUAACAACGGGAUUAAUAAUUUCUUUCUUUGUUUUUUGUUCUUUGUUAGUUGCGAUUUACUGACUUGGUUUAUGUUUGGUGUGCCGGGUCGGCGGUGUAGAAAGGGGUGGGGUUGGGUUGGGUUGGUUAAAUGGCUAAAAAGUUUUCUAUUUUAUGAGUACAGAAAUCCAUUUGCCUUUUGUUAUUAUUAUUCUUUGGAGUUGUUUAUUUGUGCAAUGGGUUGUGAUGUUGGUUUUAUGAUGUUUGUUGCAAGCUCUUUUUUUUUGUUUGGGUUUGUCAAUGUUUUAAAAAUAAAUAAGUACGUACAGAAUAUUUGGAGUUUGGUGAGAGGGGGCUUUUUUUUUUUUUUGUGUGUGUGUGUGUUGCAAAACAUAGCUACUGUGAGGUGAACAAUGCUACAGAUUGAAUGCCCUCUUUUAUGGCUAACAACUUGGAUGGUGUUCUGUAGACUGAAUUGAUGUUUGCUCAGAAGACAUUUCGGGAUGUGUUAAUUUUGAGACUUCUUUUGGAUGCAUUGGAAGAAAAAGAAAAUAGACCUACCUGGGCAAGGUGGAGUGCGGUAUCUUGGCUUCUUGCAAGGAUGAUCAAUGAGGACGGUGCACCCUACAGCGGGAUCCUUGCGAGGUGUAUCCAUAGUUUCUAUGGUUAUCAAACACACUGGUGUAACUUGCAUGAUUUUUUACAAUUAGACUUAAUUGCUAGAUUUCACAAACUUAGAACUAGGAACUGAUGACUCCUUGAAUUGAGUUGACGGAGAGAGAACUAUGCUUUGGCUCCAUCGGAUAAAAUUGAUCUCUGUGUUGAAUGGGGCGCAAGCAAGAGCCAUACACAUGGACGGUGGAAAAGAGAGAGAUACAGAUAAGACCAGUGCAUUCUCUGGUCUUUUCAUUCAAUAGCAGCAUCACAUCCUUCAUCA